ACAGGGUCUUGUAGAUUGCUGAGAAAGUUAAGUGCCCCUGCUGCAAGGCUCUUCGAGGCUUCGAUCCCGAUAAGCGUCCCAAUUCCACUUGCUAAGCUGCGCUUUAAACUUUGGAUUCACUAGCCAGCCAGCAUUCUCCGGGUAUACAAGAAGAUGUCAAGGCAUCUGAAGCAGUACGAGAAGGAACACAUGAAGAUGGCCAUGUUGAAGCAGGAGGAGACAUUCAAGCAGCAGGUUCAGGAACUGCACCGGCUGUACCGAGUACAGAAGCUAAUGAUGACGACGGCCGGCUCUGCGACGGCGAUGCCAGCAGCCAUCAGAUGCACACCUGAAGACGAGCAUCACGCAGAGGAGGAGAAUGAGGCAGGGUCGAGCCAGGCCUACGCUGCGAGCGAAAGGCAGGCUGCUGCUGCUGCCACCGCUGUCGUCGACGAGAGCGAGCUGGAGCUCACGCUGGCGAUAGGGACGACGACGACCAAGAAGGAGGCGCCGUCGUCUAGCGUGGACUCCAGGACGAGCAACUCGUCGUCGUCGACGGAGUCCGGUAGCCCCCAGUUCGGCGCGACGACGAUGGCGCCGCACCGGCCAUCUAGAUUGCGGUCGUCGUCGUCGUCAGUGAAGGUCGUCGGUGCUGGGACGACGACGACGCAGCAGCGUUUGGACAUGGAGCAGGACGCGCUGAAGCACCCUCCAUGGCUCCACCAGUGCCUCAAUUUGGCACGAUAACCAUCAUAGCAAAGCUUCAUCUUUCUCUUGUACUAUCGCCUGGCUUCCUGCUGCUGCUCCUCGCGUUUCUUGGUCGUACGUUUCCUCACUUCACCUUGAUUUCCUUUCUUGACAAAUUAUAGUGGUCUUCGCAUUCGCUGUCUCUCUCUUUUUUUUCCUAUUUAUCACAAGGAAUAGUAAGACGUUCACGCAAUCAUACUAUCACAAGGAACAGUACAACGUACUCUCUC